AAGUACAUGUUUAUGCACACCCUUUUGGUUCAUAUUUACAAUGUCAACUACACAUCCGACAAAUAUAACCACUGAAUGGGAUGAUAUACAGAGAAAGUAUGGAAAUUUGCCAAAAUUAGAGAAGGAAGAGACAAAUGAAGAGAUUAAUGCCCGUUUUGUGGAAAUUACAGAACAAGAACUCUUGCGUGAAGCUAGACUAAAGGAAUGGAAAAAAAAACUGUCAUCUAAUAGACCAUUUACGUUCGGAACGCCCGUAGAUGUAGAUGCAGACAGCUUUGUAGAGCAAAUAACAAAUGCAUCAAAGAUCAACUUGAAUGAAGAUCAGCAAGAUGACCCCUCUUAUUCAGAAAUCAUUUCAAAGGCCGGUCAUUAUAUACCUGUCUUACUUCUCGAUGACCAAAAAGAGGCUGGCCUCUUGAAAGAAGCCUGGUAUAUAUUGGCAAAACGUUAUCCAUCGAUUAAAUUCACAAUAGGAUCAGUAUAUAACGUUUUGAGACCAGAAAGUUCCAAAAGUAUUCCUCCAUCAUCAAUACUUCUCUAUUUUGCUGGAAAAUGUAUUCUACAAAAGCAUGCUUCUUGUGCGUUCCAAGUAGCGAGCUUUGAACUUACAAACGAAAAGGUGGAAUAUAGGCUCGCAAACUCGCUGGAAACUUUGAUAAAUAGCGUCAAAGACCACCUACCACUCGUAAAACCACGUGACGAUUCGGAUUCAUCUUCGUCGGAUUCCGAUUAUAUGAAGUCGUCAGGAAAAGAUUUGAAGACCGACUUCUUGAGCAAAAUAAUGAAUCAAUCAAACAGACAGAGUUUAUCAAAGACAUACACAUCAUGGAUAUUGGAUAAAGCACUAGGAGAUUAG